AUGAUUCCAAACUUUGAGAGGUUGACAAUAAGCUACAGGGACGCUAACAAGAUACUGCAAGCCAAAAAUUUAGGUGCCCUCUUCACCAAAUUGACAUUUCUUGAGUUGACCAAUUGUGAAUAUGAAGAGGCUUCUUUUCCCGAUUGGUUUCUCCAAAAUGUGUGUACUCUUGAGCACUUACUUGUUCAAUGGAGUUCCUACAAGAAGAUAUUCCAAGAUGAAAGACAAGUAAGUGAAAAAACUUACCCAAAGCUCAAAACGUUGACACUGAAUCAAUUACCUACACUUCAACAUAUCUGUGAAGAAGGAUCCCAAAUUGACCCCGUCCUUCGGGUUCUUGAAGAAUUAGUAGUUCAUAAAUGUCCUAGUUUGACAAACUUGUUACCUUCCUCUGUUACCUUCUUUCACUUGACGUAUUUGGAGAUAACAAAUUGCAAUGGGUUGAUAAAUUUAAUUACAUCUCCUACGGCAAGAAGUUUAGUCAAAUUGAUAGCAUUGAAGGUAAAAGAGUGUAAUUCACUUGAAGAAAUACUGAUAGGAAAGGGAGAAGAGUAUGAAAUUGUAUUUAUUAGAUUGGAAAUAUUGGUGUUGGAAAGUUUGCCAAGUCUCAACAAAUUUUGCUCUAAUAAGUGCUUUUUGAGGUUUCCAUUGUUGGAGCGAGUGGUUGUGAGGCAAUGUCCUCGCUUGAAGAUUUUCUCCGUGGAAAACACAAGCACACCAAAUCUUCGAAAAGUGAAAGUAGCAGAAAAUGAUGAAGAAUGGCAUUGGAAUGGGAACUUAAAUGAUACAAUAAAGAAAAUGUUUGAAGAUAAGGUGGCAUUUUGUAGUUUCAUGCAUUUGAAAUUAUCUGAAUAUCCUGAGAUGAAAGAGUUAUGGUAUGGUCAACCUCAAUGCAAUGUAUUCAGCAAUUUGACGUCUCUUGUGGUUCAUAAAUGUGAUUUUUUAUUGGAUGUACUCUUUCAACCAAAUUUACUUAAUGUGCUUUCGAACUUGGAAGAACUAGAUGUAAGAGACUGUAGUUCAUUAGAAGCUGUGUUUGAUGUGAAAGUUGAAUUUGCUACAGAAAUUCUAAUGAAGAAUUCCACUCUGUUAAAAAAGUUAACACUAUCUAAUCUUCCUAAACUAAAGCAUGUGUGGAAGGAAGAUCCUCAUGGAACUGUUAGCUUUCAGAAUUUGUGUGAAGUAUCUAUUAUAGAAUGCAAGAUCUUAACAAGUCUCUUUCCACUCUCAAUAGCAAGAGAUAUCAAAAAACUUCAAGAUCUUCAAGUAACUAGCUGUGGGGUUGAAAAAAUUAUCUCUAAGGAAGAAGGAGAUGAGGAGAUAAUUAAACUUGAGUUCCCUCAUUUGACAUCCCUUCAACUAAUGCAUUUGCCUAAACUCAAGUCAUUCUUUAAUGGGAUCCAUUCUCUUCAAUGUAAAUCCUUGAAAACAAUAAAUGUGUUCAACUGUCCAAAGUUGGAACUAUUUAAGACACAGCCUAUGAGCUACCCAGAAAGAACUACAGAUGACAAACUCCGUGUCUCAACUUAUCAACCUCUUUUCACAAUCGAAGAGGUACUUCCUAAUGCAGAGAGGUUGAGGCUGAAUAAUAAAGAUUUUGACAUCUUAUUGCAAAGCCAAUAUUCAGGGAAGCUAUUCAGCAAACUUAAAUGGAUUUGGGUGUCCGAAUUCACUGAUGAAGAAGCUCCUUUUCCGUAUUGGUUUCUAAAAAAUGUACCCAAUUUGGAAGUGCUAGUGGUUGAAUGGAGUUUCUUCACAGAGAUAUUCCAAGACGAACAACUUAAUGAAAACUGCAUUGGGCUCAUAAAUUUGAUAGCAUGCUCAACAGCAAAGAGUCUGGUCAAGCUCACAAGAAUGAAGAUUAAAGGGUGCGAUUUAUUAGAGGAUGUGGUGAGUGGAAAAGAAGAUGAGACAAACAAUGAGAUUGCUUUUUCCAAUUUGCAAACUCUGGAACUUAUUUGUUUACCUAGGCUCCGAAGGUUUUGCUCAUGCAAGUGCUUCAUUAGGUUUCCAUUGUUGGAAGAAGUAGUAGUUAAAGAAUGCCCUAGAAUGGAAAUUUUUUCUUUGGGAGACACGAGCACAUCAAAUCUUCAAGAUAUACAAAGAGAAGAAAAUAAUGAAGAAUCAAGCUGGGAGGGUGACCUGAAUGAAACAAUAAAGAAAAUGUUUGAAGAUAAGGUGGCAUUUUGUAGUUUUAAGCAUUUGAAACUAUCUGAAUAUCCUGAGCUGAAAGAGUUAUGGUAUGGCCAUCUUCAUAGCAAUGUAUUCAGCAAAUUGACGCAUCUAGUGGUUCAUAAAUGUGAUUUUUUAUCUGAAGUACUCUUCCAACUGAAUUUACUAGAAGUUCUUAUGAACUUGAAAGAACUAGACGUAAGAGAAUGUGAUUCAUUAGAAGCAGUGUUUGAUGUGAAAGGUAAAUCUGGAACAGAUGUUAGAGUGAAGAAUUCUUCUCAGUUAAAAAAAGUAACCCUAUCUAAUCUUUCGAAUCUGAAGCAUGUGUGGAAGGAAGAAGACUCACACGGAACUCUGAGUUUUCAGAAUCUAUGUGAAGUAUCUGUUAUUAAAUGUGAAAUCUUAACAAGUCUUUUUCCACUCUCAAUAGCUAGAGAUAUGAUAAAUCUUCAAUAUCUUGAAGUACAAGUAUGUGGGGUUGAAGAAAUUGUUGCCAAAGAAGGAGGAACAGAGGAGAUAAUUAACUUUGAGUUUCCUCAUUUGAAAUCCCAUUACCUUACACAUUUGCCUAAUCUGAAGGCAUUCUUUAAUGGGAUCCAUUCUCUUCAAUGUAAAUCCUUGAAAAGAAUAAAUGUGUUCAAUUGUCAAAAAUUGGAGCUAUUUAAGACACAACCUAUGACUAUGAGCUACGAAGAAAGAGAUGGAGAUGACAAACUGAUACAUGUCUCAUCUAUUCAACCUCUUUUCACAAUUGAAGAGGUACUUUCUACUGUGGAGAAUUUGACGAUGAAUAAUAAAGAUUUUGACGUCAUAUUGCAAAGCCAAUAUUCAGGGGAGCAUUUCACCGAACUUAAAGGUAUUACGGUGUGCCAAUUCAGCGAUGAGGAAUCUACUUUUCCGUAUUGGUUCAUGAAAAAUGUACCCAAUUUGGAAGUGCUAAUGGUCCAACGGAGUUCCUUCACAGAGAUAUUCCAAGACGAACCACUUAUGGGUGAGGAAAGACAAAUCAAAAUUAGCACACGACCUAGACUGUUGGCAUUGUAUUGUCUAGAUAAUCUUCAACAUAUAUGUAGAGAAGGAUUCCAAAUUGACCCCAUUCUUCAGCGUCUUGAAAGCAUACUUGUUAUUCAAUGUUCUAGUCUGACAAAUCUGGUGCCAGCCUCUGUUACCUUUAACAACUUGACCUAUUUGAAGGUAGAAAACUGCAUUGGAUUGGUAAAUUUGAUAUCAUGCUCAACAGCAAAGAGUCUGGUCAAGCUCACAACAAUGAACAUAAAAGAGUGCAAUUUACUAGAGAAUGUAGUUAAUGGAAAGGAAGAUGAGACAAACAAUGAAAUUGCUUUUCGAAGUUUGCAAACUCUGGAACUUAUCAGUUUACCAAGGCUCCGCAGGUUUUGCUCAUGUAAUUGCUUCAUUAAGUUUCCGUUGUUGGAAGAAGUUGUUGUAAAAGAAUGUCCUCGAAUGGAGAUUUUUUCUUUGGGAGACACGAGCACACCAAAUCUCCAAGAAGUACAAAUAGAAGAAAAUAAUGAAAAAUCUCGUUGGGAGGGUGGCCUGAAUGAAACAAUAAACAAAAUGUUUGAAGAUAAUCUAAGCUCUACCAUGAGUGCAUGCGUAGAUACUCUGAAGGAGCUGAUUUUGGUGCUAAUGGCAGAAGGUCUGGGGUCUGGCUCUAAGAACACACAGAAAGCAGGGAAAGAAAUAUCUUAA